CGGCUCCCCUCGGCCGCCGCAUCCCAGCCCCGGGGCGCCGCGACUCCGCGCUGACUCCGUGUCUCCCUGCAGCCUCCCGACGACGGCGAUCCGGGCGGGCCCCGCAGCAAUUCUACCCCCUCACCGGCCUCACACUAGUAUCGCAUGUCCACUAUCCAGAACCUCCAAUCUUUCGACCCCUUUGCCGAUGCAACUAAGGGUGGCGACUUACUCCCGGCAGGGACUGAAGACUACAUCCACAUAAGGAUCCAGCAGCGGAACGGCCGGAAGACGCUCACCACCGUCCAGGGCAUCGCCGGCGACUAUGACAAGAAGAAACUGGUGAAGGCUUUCAAAAAGAAAUUUGCCUGCAAUGGUACUGUGAUUGAACAUCCUGAGUACGGAGAGGUUAUUCAGCUUCAAGGUGACCAAAGGAAGAACAUUUGCCAGUUUCUCCUGGAGGUGGGCAUUGUCAAGGAGGAGCAGCUGAAGGUCCAUGGCUUCUAAAGUGCACCCCAGCACCUGGCGGACCCUGGGCUGAGUUGUCCCUCAGCCAGCCCGGCUGCCCUGUGAAAUGAUCCUCCGCAGCGAACGACGGACUUUCCACUUAUUUAAUGAUUCAAACUUCCAUCCCCAUCUGCAUGAGAACCAAGAACCUGGGGUAUGUAGGCUAGUAACACAUCAGACAGCUGCAGUAAGAUGGUAGCGAGGCCCCGAGUUCAUCACAACAUGUUUCCAAUGGAAAAUACUUUGUUUUGAGUGUUUAUUUGUUUAUUGUUUAGUUUAUUUACACUUGAUUAAAUGUUUUUUGUUGUAUUAAACCAUGUAUGUUGCAGCUCAACAAUAAAAAAAUCUAUGAAUCCUUU